AUGGCUUCAAAAUUUCCCAUACCUAAAACAAUUGGAGAGAAGUGUAAUGAAAUUAAGGAUGAUCAUGUUCUUCCAGAUCUAGAAUCUAAUGUAUGGUACAACAAGGAACACGAUGAAAAAUUGAAGAAAGACUUCUUUUGGUCUACUCCAUAUGACGCACGUUUUCCACAAAUUCGUAAACAACGUCAAUGUUUUACCUACUACGUUGAUUUUUUCCGUUGUCAAAAUUUGAUGGGUGAAGAUUACGAGCCAUGCAAAUUUUUCCAAAAUGUUUAUAAAGAUUUUUGUCCUAAUUUCUGGGUCGAAAAGUGGGAUGAACUCCGUGAGGAAGGUCGUUUUCCAGCUAAAUUUGAUCGUUAA